ACCAAAUAACAAUGAAGAAACUGAAGCACUAUUACGUGCAGCAUCACUCAACAGAACGAAGAUGGGUUUUACCUGUGGCCGUAGCUUCGUUGCUAUCUAUCUCCUUUAUCUUCUUCCUAGCAAUAACUCCCAUUUUCCCAUUCUACCUUUCAACCACCACCACCAAUCCUCACUCCCUCUUCGUCGAAACCAAGCUCCACCCACUUCCCCUUCCCCCCUCAUCUCCCCAACCACAACCACCCCGCCUCGCCUACCUCAUCUCCGGCUCCGCCGGCGACGCCGCCGCCCUCAAACGCACCCUCUCCGCCCUCUACCAUCCCCGCAACCGCUACGUGGUGCACCUCGACCUGGAUUCCUCUGUUGAAGAGCGACGCGAACUACAGAGCCACGUGGAGAGUAACCCAAUCUUCCGAAGAUUCGGGAACGUGAGGAUGAUAACAAAAGCCAAUCUCGUCACAUACCGUGGCCCCACCAUGGUCGCCAACACCCUUCACGCCGCCGCCAUAUUGUUGUCGGAAUGUGACGAUUGGGAUUGGUUCAUUAAUCUAAGUGCAUCCGAUUAUCCACUUGUCACCCAAGAUGAUCUGCUGCACGCGUUUGCAUACUUGCCUCGCGAUCUUAAUUUCAUUGACCAUACUAGUGACAUUGGGUGGAAAGAUCAUUAUCGUGCAAGGCCAAUAAUUAUUGAUCCGGGGUUGUAUAGGACUAAGAAACAAGAUGUGUUCUGGAUUACCCAGAGGAGGAGUAGGCCAACGGCCUUCAAACUUUUCACAGGUUCUGCUUGGAUGGUACUAUCGAGAUCGUUCAUUGAUUACUGUAUAUGGGGAUGGGACAACCUACCUCGGACUGUUCUCAUGUACUAUUCAAAUUUCAUAUCUUCCCCUGAAGGGUACUUCCACACUGUCAUUUGUAAUGCUCAAGAGUUCAGGAAUACAACUGUUAGUAGUGAUCUACACUUCAUAUCUUGGGACAAUCCUCCCAAGCAACAUCCUCACUACCUUACACUUGCUGACAUGAAAAGGAUGGUUGAUAGCAACGCUCCCUUUGCAAGGAAGUUCCACAGAAAUGAUUCAGUUUUGGACAAAAUUGAUGCUGAACUGUUGUCCAGAGGUCCUGGGAUGGCUGUUCCCGGUGGCUGGUGCAUAGGAAGCAGGGAGAAUGGGUCUGAUCCAUGUUCUGUAAUUGGUAAUACCACUGUCCUCAGACCUGGCCCAGGUUCAAAAAGACUUGAAACUUUAAUCACAUCAUUGUUAACAGAUGAAAAUUUUGGAUCAAAACAGUGUGUGUGACAAGAACUAACUGUCAACAGCGGUCUUAAAAAGAUUAUUUCACCUGCCACCUGCUUUGGUUUUCAUCUUCAGUUUUAGUUAGCAUGAUCAGUGAGUUAAUGUGCCUUUUCAGUUGGAAAAGUUAAUAUUGAGAGUAUAACAUCAUCUUUAAUAUUGAGAAGAAAAAAGUGAGACAAAUCUGGUGGUGCAUAUUCUGCAAUAUUAUGACUUAAAUGACAGAAUUGACUCUGUAGUCCCUAGUUACCAUUGAAUAAUUCUUGGUGCACAUCACCUCACUUAGAAUCAAAGGGUAGAUGAGAAAAAUGAGGUGAUAUUGCCUGAAAAUAGAUGAGAAGAACAAUGUAAAUGUGAGUUGUCUUGGGAUUCAAGUGAGUAAUUAAAAAGUCGCCCAUUAGAAAAGAAUGAGCUAAGUAUAGUAUAUAUAAGUGAAAAGACUCAUAAAUCCCUCGUUAUAAUAUUAUAUUCAUCUCUCCUUUUCACUUGCCUUGAGCAAUCAACAGCCAGCAUUGAAAAUUCUUAGGUCUAACUCAACUGAGAAUAUUUUAGCCGAUGUUGAGCUUUACUGCUCUCGUUUUAUUGUGUAACAAGCUUGAUGUUGAUUGUAUGAUAAGGUGGA